AUGGACAGACGCAGCGCUCGUAUUUUAGCUAUUGGCCACGAGGGUGUACCGGUACACUUCUACUCUCCGGGAGAGGCCAAGGCCAACAUCGUUCCGACUGUGAUAUCAUCUAUAGAGUUGUUUUCCACCAUAGGGUUACUCGCUACGAUAAUUCUCUCUUCGAUCUUUACGCACAGAGCCAAGCGCUCAUAUUCCUUCGUACGAACGAGUCUCGCACUGUACUUUACGUCUCUCCUCGCUUGCGAGGCUAUCUCAGCCGUCUCCGAGGUCAUCACCGUCUCAUGGAUCGUCAACAAACAGGUCUUCUCCGGAGGCAUAUGCACGGCACAAGGGUUCCUCAGGCACUUCUCCAACGUCGCUCUGGCUUUGUGGACUAUGGGCAUCUCGCUCCAAGCGCUCGUCAUCUUGCGCCGAGCGCAUAACUUAGAAAAGAGACAACUCAGCUUCGAGAGCCUCUCCAUCACGAACGAUGGUCGUGGUCCAAGGCGUCUCUUUCUUUCAACGUGGGUGGUUAUGGCGAUCGUCUGGUUCGCGUCUGGUCUGCUUGUCGUGCUUGGCCUGAUCGUCGGUACAAUCACCAAACAUGACCUUGGCAACUUCUACGGCGUAUCUGACGAGUCUUGUGGCAUCAUAACGGAGUUUCUCCUUGAGAGUAUCAUAUUCUCCUCAGCCAUCAUGAUCUUCGCUGCCUUGGCGUCGGCCGGCAUGUUCGCCUGGAUCGUCUAUCUCAUGAUCAGUCUGCGUUCGUUAGGCGUCGACGCGAAGGUCGGAUUGAUGGACAAAGUUGAUGGUGAAAAGCUGUCGGUAGUCAUGGCCCAGCGUAUGGCCUGGUAUCCUCUUGUAUACACCGUCUGCGUUCUUCCCGUCAUUGUCGAGAUGAUCAUCGGUUGGACGAAUACCGCCGUCCCGGUUGGCUACUCCGUUUUUGCCAACACGGUCUACCAUCUCAUCGGUAUCAUCGAUGUCUUGAUCUUCGUCCUCACCCCACGGACCGCCCUCUUCCCGCAUCGGUCCCAAGUAACUCUGUCACCGAUAGAGCGGCGAGACCUCGAAGCCGAAGCCGAAAUGAUCAAGGCGCAGAUCGCUGCCGCCGGCGUGUCAACAAACGAACCUCGCACAGACGCUCCGCCCCCCACGGAGCCCUCGCCGCCCAGUGACUCUCAUCAACCGGCAUAUCGCCCUACGCGCGCACGCUCACCACCGUUCCCCCUUCCGUCGCCUACCAUGAGUCCGAUGCAGAGGUACCUCAGCUUCCGUGAUGCGACGAAGGCCCUAUCCGCAGAGCCUUCGAAGGUACCCAUUCCCGAUGCCCCCGGCCGCAAGUCCACAGAGGAUCAGGAUGUCACCGACGCCAUGCUUGAGGAUGCAGCGCUCGCGGAGAAGUUGGAGAAGAAGCUGUCCGGCGUCCCGGUUGUCCUCCAAUCACCGCCCUUGGCUGCACCAUCUCCUCGCCGCCCCGUUACCGCCGCUGCGCCCUUGAACAUAGCCACACGUCCUGGGCGCGAUCAGGCGCCUCUCUUCAUCAAGUUGCCCGACAACCUCUUGGCCAAGUCUACCGAGGCGCACGAUGGUACGAAGGAGAAGCACAGGAUGAGGGUUAUCGUGGGAACGUUGCCGUACGACAAGCUUUCGGACUCUACGCCGCACGCCGCGUCGACCCUGCUCAUGCACGCGAUGAUAUCCGCCGCUCUCGAUGCGCCCCAGGCUCCCAAGGUCGACACUCCUAGCAACGUGAGAGUCAUGGUUGUAGACUCCAACUCUCGCUUUGCGAGAGAGCAGAAGAGAUGGAUGCCGCGCGUAGUGCGUGAGAGCCGCUCGCUUGCUUCGCUGCGCUCUAUCCCCUUCCCGCGCUUGCUUCAGCGCCCGACUAGCGAGCCGGAGUCUCCCGACUCGUUCAUGGACUCGGAGGCGGCAGAGAUUGAGCGGUCGCAUUCGGAGCUGUCUAGCUUGAGCUCCUACUCGCAUACUGACCUCGAGGAAAUCGACCUCUAG